UUGGGAUUUUUCUUUUCUCUUGUUGUAUUUAUUAAUAUAUUCUUCACUUGAGGCUACUCACUCCGUUUCAACAGCUUCUUUUGAGAUUCUCCCUAUUCGUUCCAAUUAUUUGGUUUACACCGGUAAUAUUGUAGCUAUUUGCUUUGUUUUCUGGAUUUAUCUGGUAGCUAGUGAAGGGUUUCUGGUAGCACCGUAGUAGUGGAAGGCAACCAAGAGACAGGAGAGAGAGGAUAAACUAGCAAUAUUACUUACUAGUGUAUUCGCCCGUGCAUCGCGCGGUCCUAAAAGUGUAGGAGAGGUAUCAACCCAGCCCAUGAAAAAUGAUAAUAAUUUCUGCUGGAUUGAUAAUAAGAGGAAAGAGAAGCCCAAAGAAGAUGAACUUGUCUGAAAACAUUCGAUGCUUCCUAGAUUGAAAAUAAUCCUAUAAUACUCAUUUAGGAUUUAUUCUUAGCCAUUGGAUGAGCUUCAUCAACUUUGAAUCAAGGCUGUCCAGCUGUUAAAACUGUACAGAAAUAUUUGAUGGCCAAAGUUCACACGUGGAAGCUAAAUAGAUUUUAUUAGCUGUAUUUACUUUUUUCCAUUUAUUAAUUAUAGAAGUUUGUUAUAGCUAGGCUAAUAAUAUUUAGACAGGUGUACAUGAUAGGAAUGUAUAGGAAGGUUCCUUUAUUUCUUUUACUGGUAUAUAUACAUGUAUCAGGCAACAAUGAAUACACAAGAAAAGGAAGGAAAUUUCUAAAUCUGUAUUGUCUUUAAUUUCUAAUAUGGUAUCAAAGCCUAGGGCUAAAACCUUCAAUCAUUCCUUCUUCCAUUCUCUGUCAUUCAUAAAAUUUUCAAUCAACUACAAUGAGUGAUAACAAUGAAACUGUUGUGGUUGCUGGUACUCAGUCUUCAGGCACCCUCGUUGAUUCUUCACACCCUCUUUACAUCCAUCCUUCAGACUCACCAGGUAUGUGCUUGGUGAGUUCUGUCUUCAAUGGGAAAGGAUACGGGGGUUGGAGAAGAGGGGUCCUUAUUGCUUUGUCAGCCAAAAACAAAGUCGGAUUCAUAGAUGGUACCAUCACUCAACCUGCUGUCACUGAUGAGACUUUCAAAUCAUGGACAAGGUGCAAUAAUAUGGUUAUAUCAUGGAUCUUAAACUCCCUCUCAAAAGAAAUAGCAGAGAGCGUGCUUUACUCUAAGACUGCUAAGGAAAUAUGGACUGAUCUUGAAGAGAGGUUUGGUCAAAGCAAUGGCCCCCAACUCUAUCAACUGCAGAAGGAGAUCAGUGAAUUAGCACAAGGAAACUCUGACAUUGCAGGUUAUUAUACUAAGCUUAAGAGACUUUGGGAUGAGCUUGACAGCUUAGACAUAUGUCAACAUUGUACCUGUGAAUGUUCUUGUGGAGGGAAGAGUAAAACCCUCAAGUCACAACAGGAUGCAAGGCUGAUUCAAUUUCUUAUGGGUCUGAAUGAUGCAUAUUCAGGUCCCAGAAGCAGCUUGCUGAUGCUUUCUCCUUUACCAUCAGUUAAUCAUGCUUAUUCUCUUCUCAUUAGGGAUGAGAAACAAAGAGAGGUGCAAGUUUUUCAACAUCCAGGUUCUUCUCAUCAAGGAGAGACUGCUUUCUUUGCUGCAAAACAACAGUAUGAAGGUCAAAAAUUCAAUUAUGAAAAAAGGGAUAAGUAUGAUCCAUAUAAACCUCUGCUGUUCUGCAAUCAUUGCAAGAAACCAAAUCACACAGAAAAAAAUUGCUAUAGACUCAUAGGCUUUCCUGCUGAUUUCAAAUUUACUAGAAGCAAGAAGUUUCCUCCUCAUGCAAGAAGUAAUGCAGUAUUUUCAAGUGUAGAUGGAAUUAGUCAGUCAUCUGGAGAUGGGAACAAGCCUAUGACCCAAGAUCAAUUUCACUCAUUGUAUCAACUACUGCAACAUACUAAAAAUGGAACUCAGGGUGCUCAAGUUACUGAGGACAUUGCUGCUGCUAAUACAGCUGGCCCCUUCCCUGAAGAGGCCAAUACACCUUGGUAGAGUAAAGCAAGGAGUCUACAUAUUCCAUUCAGUCAGACCUUCUCCAGUCAAGCCUAGAGUUUCAGCUUCUAUUAGCAAUAGUUUUCCUAGAGUUUCAUCUUGUAAUAAAUCAAAAGUUGUUUCUA